CAAAACAAUUAACAUCAGGGAGAGACGGCAGACAGAAACAAGGGGAAAACACAGACAGACACAUUACAGAUACAUACAGAUAGAAAGUCUGUAUUGUUAGGACGGGGUUUAAUGAACAGAUUUGUAAAGGCCAUAAAACCACCAACUCAAAUCACAUUCAGUAAUAUAGAGGAAUUGAGCAGUGUGUGAGUGUUGAGUAAGUCUACAUUUAAAACAUCAACACACAAUAUCCUGUUAAAAGUAGAAAGACCUGAUGACAUGCAGACCUUUGGGCAAUAACAGCUCUGAGGAGUCGACUAAAACAUUUCCCUGUGUGCUGGAAAGAGCAAAAGAAGAGUAAAAGUGAAGUGAAGCUUCAGUCCAUGAUGAAGAACAUCAUCAUCUUCACCCUCUCCCUAAUAUCAGGUCCAGCGGGCUGUGCUGUGACUGGCUACUCAGGAGGAAGUGUCCUUAUAAUAUCUGAUCUAAAAUGGGGUUCAGGAUUUAGUAGAUAUAUUUGUAUUAAGGGAAGCAUAUCAUGCACAGAUAUAAUACAUACUAACAACACAGAGAAUUCUGUUCAAUUGGGAAGAUUCAUGCUGUAUGAAAGCAGAGAGGGAUUUUUCAUAGUGUUAAUCAGGAGGCUGGAACCACAGGAUGCUGGAACGUACACAAUAGGAGGAAUGAAUGGGACAAAAAUUGAUGUGAGCCUGACUGUUAAUUAUGAUUCUUGUUGUGAUGGACCAAAAACAGUGAAGGUUUUUUCUGGACAGAAUAUCAGCAUCACCUCUAACUAUCCUGUGGUUUACAACCUACACUACAAGUAUAUCAUGAAACUUGAAAAUGGCAGUGUUUCUAAUGCCGUUCUAGAUACCUACAGUGAAACCCAGAAGAACAGAUUCACCAUUUCUGAUGACAGAAGUGCUAAAGUUCUCGGUAUGAACAUCAGUAAUGUGACAGAAGCCGAUGAUGGAGUUUAUUUUUGUGGAUUCUUCAACAGAGAGAACUCAAUCCAGUAUUAUUCCUUCUUCAGAGAGAUUCAUCUGCAUGUUAGAGAAUCCUCUGUUAAAACCACCACCACCACCACCAUCAUCAUCAUCAUCAUCAUCAGCGUGUGUGUGCUGCUGAUUGGAGGAUUUACACUGUUGGUGAUCUACAAACUGACACAUGAGAGGGCACCACAAGUUUCAAGACCUUCAUCUCAAGACAAUGAACAUGCUCCUUCUGUUCAUGAGAACAACCUGCCUAAUUUACCCCCAAAUGAAAACUUGAACAUCAAAAUGAGAUUGAAUGGUCAGAAUCUGGAUUCAUCUACAAACCAGUCCGAUUCAACAUACCAAACACUGGACCCACUCACCAACCAAUCAGAUUCGGGCUACAUGUCUCUGAGUAACACUGCCGACCAAUCACAUUCACACUACCAAUGUCUGAAUGCUAGAACUCAGGUGAACUCAUUUUACCAGACCCUUCAUUCUUAAUGCUUCUAUUUUUUAUUCUCUUUGAGUUUUAAGUUUGAGCAUGUGGUUAAUUGAAAAUACUCACCUCAGAAUGUUAAUAGUUACACCUAAUAACUGAUUAUUUACCAAUAAUUAACUGAUUAUACUUACCACAUUGCUUUUUCUUUUUCUGGGUUUUUAUGUUAACUGUGUAACCUUUGAAAUGUUAUUUAAUGUGAAAACAAAUGCUGUACAUAUCAUCUAUAUAUGAAUGAAAUGUUGGUGACAUGGUGAAAUGGUUUAACUGACCAUUAUUAGUUGGUGAAGAUUGUAUCAUAACACCUGAGUGAAAGUUUUUUAUUGUGUACAUGUCAGUAUUAUAAGUGUAUUUGCAUAUGAACUGAAAUUUGACUGCAAAUUCAAAUAAUAAAAAAAUAACUGUAAAAAAUAA